GCCAUAAAAUUCCCACAGCUCAGGCGGGCACGCGCACGCUGCUGUCUACGUCGUGGCGAACGAGGCCGCACUGCUUCGUCCAGGGGGCGGGGCUGUCAGUCAAAGUGCACAGGCUGCUGAGACUAUAAGCGGAAAGUUAAUUUAUGAGUGCGAGGUCGUCCCUGUCGUAUACAAAUGAAGAGAGACUUCUACUGGAGGGAAUGGCCGCCUCCUCAUCCUCAUCUUCAGCUGGUGGGGUCAGUGGAAGUUCUGUCCCUGGAUCUGGUUUCAGUGUGUCCGACCUUGCCCCACCACGGAAAGCUCUGUUCACCUACCCGAAAGGAGCUGGAGAGAUACUAGAAGAUGGCUCUGAGCGAUUCCUCUGUGAGUCGGUGUUUAGCUAUCAAGUGGCAUCCACACUUAAACAGGUGAAACAUGAUCAGCAAGUCGCUCGGAUGGAAAAACUGGCUGGUUUGGUGGAAGAGCUGGAGGCUGAUGAGUGGCGGUUUAAACCCAUCGAGCAGCUGCUGGGGUUCACACCCUCCUCGGGUUGAUGAUGCUGCAUGGUCUCCCAGAGAGUCACAGCUAUACUGUGAGCUGCAUGUCUGAGUUCACAUCCAUACGGCUCCUCUGUUUCUAUUAAUAGGCAACAAGUGCUCCUGUGAGACGGCACUGGGGUGUUUUUCACAUUCGUGUUCUGAAAAGUAUUGGGCAGCACUUGGGAAGCAGGAGCAGGAGGAUCUCUGUGAGUUCGAGGCUAGCCUGAUCUACAUGGAGCUCCAGGACAGCCAGGGCUAUGUAGAGAGACCCUGUCUCAAAAAUAAAAAGAAGUAUUGGGGAUCAGAUGACCACAGGCCUUUCAGAGAACCAGGAGAGUUGGGAUUUAGGAGACAUUUAGGACACGUGCCAGAAUCAGCCAGAUGAGUGGCGUAUAUCCUGUCAUUCAGAGUGUCUGGAAGCUUUCACCAGCCAAGCCCAAGGUCAGCAUCUGUCACUUCACGGUCACAGCCCAAACAUUUCUCUUCACACAUAAAUGUGAUUUCAGCUCAGGGACUGUCCAGAUGGGAACUUUAAAGUAUUCUUUCCUUCUCUAUUCUUAGACGUUUAAUAUUACUGAUUAUUUUUCUCGCCUCUUACCACAUGGCAAAUGGUGCUACUCUACCCCAUCUCUGCCCUACCAAAAUUGCUUUUUGAAUGUCACAGCACUUGAAAACAUGAAGUGACCUAAAUCCUUUUAGACCCAGAAGUCCUUAGUCCAGCUCGCUGGGGUAUGAAAGCAAUUCUGUAGCAAAUAAAUCCUUGCAAGAGCUCCAAA